AUGGAAGGACACCAUCAGAAAACAGAACCUGCCUCCUCCUCCUCCUCCUCCACGUCCUCCGGGCUCGCUCGCGCCCUGUUACGGGCCCUCGCUCCCCCGCCGCCGCCUCGGGCCUCGCUUCCCCCCUGGGGUUGCUGUAACGUCCCUCAGACAGCCGUGCUCGUGCAGAGCACGAGCGCAAUGUGCGUUCAAAGUCUCGAUGAUUCACUGAGCCCUGCAAUUCACACUACGUAUCGCAUUUCGCUGCGUUCUUCAUCGUUUGCGAGAACCAGAUAUCCAUUGUUAAGAGUU